AUGGAGACCUUGUCGGGGAAGCUGGAGGAGCUGCGGCUGAGCAGCAGCCAGCUCGAGCAAGACGCAGGCUACAUAGACUCAAUAGCCGGCAAGCAACGACCACCCAAGCGCCAACGGAAAACCAAAGAGGCCAUCAAACAGGAGCUCGAGCAAGAGUUUCUGACGCCUUCGAGGUCGUUCAACACGCAGUGGCUCAAUCGGCUCCAGCAGCGAUGGGAGGCGCCCACCAACUACCACAGCUUGUUUCAGAUCGCCCCGACUCAAACCCGCACCAUCAUCCGCUUCACACGCGAAGGCCUAGAAGGCCGCGUCACCGGGUACAAGGAAGUCACAGUACCCGCAAACUCUGCAACGGCAAAAAACUCUACCUCUCUGCUCAGGAAGCCUGCGAAUAGAGCCGAAUUUGUUCGUGGCGCAGCCGGCUUCUUUCCCUUUGCCCCCGGCGGCCUGGACGGCGUCGAGGCAAUCGCCGCCAUUGAAGAUCAGGCAAUUCAGCAGCACGAAAAUGCCGACGGGAACAAGGCUCGAGGCCUCGACCGGGUCAUCAAUUUCAGCGCUGAAGGCGGCCUCCUCGAGGUUCCCCCUGGCUUUACACGUGGCCUAGACUUGCAGAAGAAACAAAGCACGGAUAACAGCAUUGCCCAAGAGGUGGAAGAAACGCUAGGAGAAGCUCCCGCUCCUGUUGGUGAGACGGGAGUCGACCAAGAGGAUGUUGACAACACUGGCGCGGACGGCAUUGACGUACCUGAAGACGGCCAGACUCCCGGAGAAGAAGAAAUCGACGCUCUCUUGCCCGUCGAGUUCCCUGCACUCGCCCCUCAUGGCCCCCUUGCCAUGGGUACAGGAAGAAAGGCUGGGCGAGAAUGGGCUCAUAUGGUUGACAUUAACCGCGACAUUACCAACUUCCGGGAGCUCGUGCCGGAAAUGGCCCGGGAGUACCCCUUUGAGCUGGACACGUUCCAGAAAGAAGCAGUCUAUCAUCUUGAAAACGGCGAUUCCGUCUUUGUAGCUGCACACACGUCUGCUGGCAAGACUGUGGUCGCAGAGUAUGCAAUUGCGCUCGCCGCCAAGCACAUGACCAAAGCCAUCUACACUUCUCCCAUCAAGGCUCUGAGCAACCAAAAGUUUCGCGACUUUCGUCAAACCUUUGACGAUGUUGGCAUUCUUACAGGAGAUGUGCAGAUCAAGCCCGAAGCCAGCUGUCUCAUCAUGACCACUGAGAUUCUCCGCAGCAUGUUGUACCGUGGCGCUGACUUGAUCCGAGACGUCGAGUUUGUCAUCUUCGAUGAAGUUCACUAUGUCAAUGACCUGGAGCGUGGCGUUGUAUGGGAAGAGGUCAUUAUCAUGCUUCCAGAACACGUGACACUGAUCCUGCUCUCCGCUACCGUCCCAAACACAUACGAGUUCGCAUCCUGGGUAGGCCGUACAAAGAAAAAGGAUAUUUACGUCAUAUCCACACCGAAGCGGCCCAUUCCUCUGGAGCACUAUCUCUGGGCUGGCAAGAACAUUCACAAGAUUGUCACUGCAGACAAGAAAUUCAUCGACAACGGCUGGAAAGAGGCCAACGACAUUCUCUCUGGAAAAGACAAGGUCAAAGCACCAGCCGCAAGCGAUGCACAGGCUGGCAGAGGCAGCGGUGGUCGCGGUGGCCCGCCUGGUAGGGGAGGCCAGAAUCAACGAGGAAGAGGGCAACAAGGAGGCGGUAGAGGGGGAGCACCCCGCGGUGGCGGUCCACCGGCAGCCAGAGGUCGUGGAAACAUUGCAAGGACAGGUCGUGGCGGGGGCCGCACCACGGCUGCACAAGACCGCAACAUCUGGGUGCAUCUGAUUCAGUACCUUCGAACCAAGGAUCUGUUGCCGGCCUGCAUAUUUGUCUUUUCGAAAAAGCGCUGCGAGGAAAACGCGGAUGCGCUGUCCAACAUUGACUACUGCACUGCUGCGGAGAAGAGCGCGAUUCAUAUGACGAUUGAAAAGUCAUUGGCUAGAUUGAGCCGUGAAGACCGAGAACUCCCCCAGAUCAAGCGCCUGAGGGAGCUGCUCAGUCGAGGCAUUGCAGUUCACCAUGGCGGCAUGCUGCCCAUUGUCAAAGAGGUGGUAGAGAUUCUCUUUGCCAAAACGCUCGUCAAGGUCCUCUUUGCAACGGAAACCUUUGCCAUGGGCCUCAACCUCCCCACCAGGACGGUCGUCUUUUCGGGAUUCCGAAAGCAUGACGGAAGAGAGUUCCGUGACCUGCUUCCGGGUGAAUACACACAAAUGGCCGGUCGUGCAGGACGUCGAGGCCUUGAUACUGUUGGGACAGUGAUCAUCUGCGCGCCUGGCGCCGACGAGGCACCGCCAGCAGCAAGGUUGCGCCAAAUGAUGCUUGGUGAACCCACCAAGCUGCGGUCACAGUUCCGACUCACGUACAACAUGAUGCUCAACCUGCUGCGCGUAGAAGCAUUGAAGAUUGAGGAAAUGAUCAAGCGAAGCUUCAGCGAGAAUGCGACCCAGGCAUUGCUACCCGAGCAUCAGGGUAAGGUCAAGCUCUCUGAAGCUGAAUUGGAGAAGAUCAAACGCGAACCCUGCGAAAUCUGCGAUGUCGAUCUCGAGGCCUGCCAUCAAUCCUGCGAGGACUACAAGAGAUUAACCAAUGAAAUGCACCUGAGCCUUCUAAUCAACCCUAUCGGCCGGCGAGUUCCUAGUAAGAAUCGCCUGAUUGUUUACAAAAAGGACAACAUACGCACGGCAGGGAUGCUGAUGCAGGAUGGCACGAGUAAAGGGCAUGAGCCGACAGUCAAGGUCUUGGAAGUUGCGCAGCACCAGGAUCGUAAGCCUGACGACUUAUUGCCCUAUCUCGGUCCUUUUGCGCAGCUGUACCGGAAGCUACCGAAUAAUCCCAAGGAUCUGAUUCUCAAGACGGCUUUUGUCCCCUUGAAUGAUAUUGAAUGCUUUACCAAGACGACCAUUGAUGUUCCAGAGUCUGUGCAGAAUCUGAACCGAAAAAAAGGCAAGGCUAACUCUGGGCAAGAUACCCUGAAACUGGCCCAAGACCAGUUUCUGCCCUUGUGCGGGUCAUGGGACUACGAGGACUGGGACGAGUAUGAUUACAGUCGCAUCAAGAGUCUAAAGUUCCGAGAACUAGAAGAGGCUCGCAAAAGGGAGGGCCAGAAUGCGGUUAGCAAAAUGUGCUUGAAUUGUCCGAACUUCCUAAAACAUUUUGCCAUGGAGCAUGACCAGUGGCUGAUCAAGGAAAACAUCCACGCUCUCCGACAACUCAUGUCAGACCAGAAUCUGCAGCUCCUACCCGACUACGAGCAGCGCAUACAGGUGCUCAAAGACCUCGGCUUCGUCGACGAGGGCUCGCGCGUAGAGCUGAAGGGCAAGGUAGCAUGCGAGAUCCACUCAGCCGACGAGCUAGUCCUAACCGAGCUUGUUUUGGAAAACGUACUCGCCGAGUAUGAGCCCGAGGAAAUAGUUGCAUUGCUCUCGGCCUUUGUUUUCCAGGAAAAGACCGAUGUGGAGCCUACGCUGACAGCGAGCCUGGAACGUGGCGUGGCCAAGAUUGUCCAAAUCUCAGAAAAGGUCAACGAUAUCCAGACUAAACACCAAGUCAUUCUGUCGGCCGACGACUCGAACGAUUUUGUCAGCAAGCCCCGCUUUGGCAUGGUCGAGGUUGUGUACGAAUGGGCGCGCGGCAUGUCAUUCAACCGUAUAACGGAUCUGACGGACGUCAUGGAAGGCACAAUCGUCCGCGUCAUCACCCGACUUGAUGAGACGUGUCGUGAGGUCAAAAACGCUGCUCGCAUCAUCGGGGAUCCCACGCUGUUCCAGAAGAUGGGGUCGUGCCAGGAACUCAUCAAACGGGACAUUUGCAAUUGUGCCAGCUUGUACCUGUAAUAGCAUGCCCCAGCAUGCACGCGUUUCCAGGAGCAAGGCGGGGUGACGACGUGGGUAUCCCGGCGCGUCGACCACGGCAGGGCUUCCAGCGUGUUUCAGACGUGUGUUUUGGCGAAAGCAUGGAUCGUAGCCGCAACAAGGAACAUCUUCCUCACCCGACUCGUGCUGACGAGACGGGAAGAAAAACAUCCGGAAAAAAAUGUCCAUUAGGAUCGACGAACCUUGUCCUCGCUUAACGU